ACAACCGCAUCAUUCACUCUGUACACGUUCGUAUUUCUCUCAGAGUUUCGCACGUCGUUCCAGUAGGAUCUUUUACGUCGUCUCCAAUAGUGGAAACUCGGCAUAGUAGAGAGAGGCGCGCAAUGGCGUCUUCGAUAACCGAGGCCUCGGUCCUCGCUGCCUUUGACGAAAAGGUGCGGGAUGGGAUUGUGAUGUACGCUGAGGAUAUGGAGAAGAUUUACCAUGAGGAUCAAGGCUUCAAGUUUGAGUUUCGUUUGACGGCUGCGUUGAAGAGUAAACCUGCCGCGGUGGAAGACAACGCGGAGCUAGAUGACGCCGAUGAUGAAAAGGGGCCUUCUCAGACAACCUCAACCUCAACCUCAACCUCAACCUCAACCACCACCGCAAACACCGUCACACCCUCACACGCCAACACACAUACCAACGACACCAAGCACACCAACGACAAAAUCACCCUUGACGAGGAAGGGAACCUCCCCGGAGGCGACAUCAGCAUCGCAGGCUUCGAGCUCACGACCAUCCCCAGCGGCGGCGGAGAAGGGGAUGAAGAAGCCACGCAUGUACUAGCCUUCAAUAAGUUCUGCGCGUAUAGGCCGCAUCUGCUCCUCUUGACUGCCGACGGGAGGAGGAGGCAGUUUGAGGGGUUGGAUAAGCGGGAUCUCGGAGCUGCGGUUGAGGUUUUGGGGGGGUUGAAUGGGGGAUGGGGUAGUGAUGCUGAUGCUGAUAGUGACAAGGAGAAGAGAAGACAAGAGUAUCUUGUCAUUUUCAACUGUGGUAAGGAGGGCGGGUGUAGUCGGUUGCAUAAGCAUAUGCAGGCUAUCCCUGCGCCGGAUGCGAUUCCCAUGUGGCCUGAUCUCGUCGACUCCGGGCCCAAGACGGAGGCGGAUGACAGUGGGAAGCAGCAGCAGCAGCAGCAGGAGCCGCCGUUCCGGUACUUCAUCCACCACUUCACCGGCCCAUCACCACCCUCAAAAAACGACCUCACUGCGAGUUACAAACACAUGCUCCGGCAGGCGACGGAGCUGAUCCCCGGCCGGGAGAAGGUGGUGGAAGAGGACGGAGAUGGAAGGGCCGUGGCGGUGCCGCAUAAUGUUAUCCUUGGGAGACGGUGGAUUGUUGUGGUUCCGAGGGUCAAGGCUGGUGUUGAUGGGGCGGAUGUGAAUGCCGUGGGGAUGUUGGGUGUUGUUUGGGCUUCGAAGGGGGAGACGGUUGGGAAGUGGAGGGAGUUGGGGGCGAGGAGAGUGCUUGGGGAGGUUGGAGUUAGGAGAUGAUGAUGGUUGAGCU